CACUGGUUGCACAUGAAAACAUUCCUUUCAGAUGUAACUUUUAAAGCGUCUUCCUGCAGGUUGUAUCGGACGUUCAGAGACUCUAAAUAUCUCUACAUGCUGCUGGAGGCGUGUCUGGGAGGAGAGCUGUGGACGCAGCUGAGAGACAGAGGAUCGUUCGACGACGGCAUCACUCGCUUCUACACCGGCUGCGUCAUCGAGGCGCUGGCCUUCCUGCACUCCAGAGGCAUCAUCUACCGAGACCUGAAGCCCGAGAACAUCAUCCUGGACCACCGAGGAUAUGCCAAGCUGGUGGACUUUGGCUUUGCUAAGAAAGUGGGUCUGGGGAAGAAGACGUGGACUUUCUGUGGGACCCCCGAGUACGUGGCCCCUGAGAUCAUCCUGAACAAAGGCCACGACAGCUCCGCCGACUGCUGGUCUCUGGGAAUACUGGUCUUUGAGCUGCUCAGCGGCAGUCCUCCUUUCUCCGGCUCUGACCCGAUGCAGACCUACAACAUCAUCCUGAAGGGCAUCGACAUGAUCGAGUUUCCCAAGAAGAUCACCAAGAGCGCCGCGAACCUCAUCAAACGUCUCUGCAGGGACAAUCCGUCAGAGAGGCUGGGGAACCAGAAGAAUGGAGCGAAGGACAUCCAGAAGCACAAGUGGUUCGAAGGCUUCAACUGGGACGGCCUCCGCCAGGGAACCAUCGCCUCCCCCUUCACCCCCGCCGUGGACGGACCGCUGGACAACAGCAACUUUGACUAUUUCCCGGAGGACGCAGAGGAGCCUCCUCCUGACGAGGAGUCCGGCUGGGAUCUGGAGUUCUAAAACAGAUUCUUCAGAGAGAAGAACGAGCUUCUUAUUUCUGAUCAAUGUUUACAAAGAGAACAGUUCAUUAUGGAAGAAAACUAGAAUAAAAUCAAAACUAGUCACUGUUUCAUUUUUAUCUGAAUCUUUUAGUCUUUAAUGUGUAUAAUAAACAACCACUGAAAGGGUUAAUGCAGCCAAACAACCAUCCACAGCUUCAGCUUCAAAAUAAAGACAAUAGAAUAUGAGUUGAAUAAAGAAAGCAGCUUAAGAGGCUCAGAACAUCAUCAUCAUCAUCUCUUCUUAAAUUAUAAUUAUUAUAGUAAAUAAUCUGAAGAAAGGUCAGAAGGAAAACAUUAAACUCUGUUCAAAGAUGAAUCAUCAUCAAAUACCAUCAAAGAAAACAGAACUUCAUGAAGACAAACUUUCACAGUUUGACCAAAACAUGUGAGCCCAUUGAGGUGUUACAUCUAGUGUGUGUGUGUGUGUGUGUGUGUGUGUGUGUAGAGCACCGAACCCUCACCUGCUCAAUGCUGCUGCUAAUUCUAAGAUAUGAAUGCAUUCCUGAGAGAUGUCACGUUACCAACAUUAGAUAUUAUUAUGUUAAUGAUGCUGAAGACCUGAGGGUUAGAGUCAGCUCUUUAUUCAUGAUGGAGCCGUGUGGAGCCUCAGAGCUCGUGUUCCCACACGGCUCACUGAGGAGGAGAGCUCUGGAGUUGAGAUGU